AUGGCACUUGUAACAGACCUCGCUCUCCCGGACCACCUCAGUAGCCAUAUCUCUUUUGCGCUACGUGUGCCGGUUUCGCUCUCCGUCACGACGCCUCUGGUAACUACCAGUACCAUCCUCGACGAGUACGCGCUUUCCUUUGCGACAGCUCUCAGCGCGCCUCACCAUGCUGUACAUCGGCAGACUAUCGAAGCCGAACUUGCGACAGUCCACAAGGAGAAGAUCCACGUUAUUAUCCGCGAACUUGCCGUGGAUUUAGCCCACAGCACAGUCCUGAAAUUCUUGACAGAUGUCAAAGCCAAGCUCAAUAAAGAGAGUGCGAAAAGCGCCGUCGAGGCAAGUACUACCCAGCCGCACGCAGCUGCAGAAGCAAAACGCAAAGCCGACGCCGAAGCCAAGAAGCACGCCGACGAGAUCGCCAAACAGAAAGCAGCAGCGGCAGAAGCCAACCGCAAAGCAGACGAAGCAGCCAAGCAAGCGGCUUUGGAAGCGCAGAAAGCAGCGGAAGCAGCGAAAAAGAAAGCGGAAGAAGAAGCCGCCAAGAAGGCCGCAGAGGAGAAAAAGGCGAGAGACGAAGCAGCGAGAAAAGCCAGGGACGAAGCAGCGAAAAAAGCUGCCGAGGACGUCAAGAGGAAGAAUGAGGAGGAGGAAGAUAAGAAGCGGAAGGAGGACAUUAAGAAGAAUGUGGCGAAACCUGCCGGGUCGAAGGUGAGUGAUCCGGAGACUAUCAAGGCCUUGGAGAAGAUUGGCAAGUGUGGUGGGGGUUUCCCGUGGGAGAGGAUACAAGGGGGUUUUCGAUGUUCGGGGGGCGGGCAUACGGUCUUGGAUAAGGAUCUGAGUACUUGA